AUGAAGCUUUUCACAAAGUUUGUGGCAUUGUCACUCCUAUCGCUGGUCUAUGGUGUGACUUUGUCUCAGCCAGAACAGACCGCAGAGCCAACUCCAACUGUUUCGGCCGUGUUUGAACAGCCCAGACACCACCUAUAUAAACGGAUUAGAGAGAUUAUAAUCAACAAGGACUAUGCCAAAAACCAAGCUGCAAAAACCAGCUCUUCAUCUGAGAAACCUCCGCCGGACUGGGUUCGAACCGUAGACGGACGUGCUGAGAUUGUGCACCCUACAGUUAUCGCCGGGGUCACCAUAAGUGCCAAACCACCGAAAACCACCGAUGGAUUGGAGAUCUGGGUCUCCUUGAAACCGGAUGGAUCUCCCAAAACAAUGAAACCGGAAAUAAAGAAUGGCAGACCCAAGAACGCUCGUCCCGAUUACAGCACUUAUUUCCAAACUGCCACCACGAUUACUUAUAACAAGGAGCAGUUGCAAGCUCAUAACAUGGCCGACGAUGAAAUCUUCACCGAAGUGCAAUAUAUCGAGGAAGCCGACUUGGAAGACCACUUGUUGAAUCCCAUCAUCAGAUGCACGCCCGAUAGAUACCAAAAGAAGGGCAUUGGCCGAGAUCGAACCACGGAGCCUUUUUGUACCCCCAAGGACGAUGUGCGGUUGAUUAUGGGCAAGACCUAUUUUUUGACGUGGUAUUCAAGGUUUUUCGAUCCGCUGGUUGAAAAAGUGAGAAUAAUCUUGACUAAUGUGAAGGAAAGCUACAGACAAAAGGGGCUUAGAAAGAGAGAUGAAGAGGAUCCUGGUUACGAUGGCGAUACCGAAGACAAUGGCGAUGACCUCGAUGUCGUCGUUGGUAAUGGAACUCACAGCAAUAAAGUCAAAAGAUCUAAAGUUCUCGAGCAUGGAGGCAAAGUUCAAAACUCAUUUUACUCCACUGAAUGGGUCAAGAACGAAGAAGGUUACUAUCCCUUGGAAAUCUUGGAAGAGUGGAUCGGCGACGUUUACGAGAAAAAAGUGAUGAUCUCCAUCCAGCCCGACAAUAUCCCUGACGACGAAUUCAACGUUUUGGACCAUUCAAUUGUGGUUGAAUUCUGGAAAGGCUCCAAAGUCAGCAAAGAGGAUUUGGUUGACUUGAAAAAAUUGCAGGAGAAAUAUGAGAAUAGACAUUUGCAAAUUGAAAUUGAGGAAGGUAUUGAUUUCGAAAAGUACAUGGUUAUGAUCACUAUCCCGAUGUGUGUGGUUAUUGCCGCUUUUGGCAUGUGGCUCUUUGUUCGGAUCAACAAGUUUGACUUGAGCCAUUUGAAGAAGAGGAAAUUUGCCCGCGAGAGAACAUCACAUCGAAAAAUUCCAUUUGUCCAGAGUAAGAAGCUGAAUCGUGAGAGCUUACCAAUGAGCAAUUUGGACGUUGGAGGCACCAAAACUGAUUGA